GAAAAGCCGCACGCAUCGCUGCAGUUGAGACGCUCAAGCAGCGAAACCUCUCUUGUUUCUGCGCCACCGCUAAGAAGAAUUCAAUGCUGCGCUCCUGCAUGGAUUACCGACCUGAUAACAGCUUCAGCUCGUCUCAGAUAAGUAGGAAAUAACUCAUCUUGCUCGUUUAAAACCGAUUUCAGAUCAGCGCCGAGAGCGGCAAACACAAAAGUGCAGUUUAAAGAUUCGACAGCACAGCAUAUCGAGACUUUCGGGUUGUCAGAAAGAAAAAGAAAUCCAGAUAGUUUUUUGUCGCGUUUUAUCCCCCAGAUCAAGUGUUUAUGAGUGCGUGACGUGGAAGAAAACUCGAGACUGCGUUAUCCUCGGAUGAAAAGCCCAGAGACACACAGUUUGGGAACUAAUCUGAACUGAAAGCUCUGGGAUGUAGUUUUGUCGGGGCAGAGGGGAGGGUUUGGACCUCGAGAAUGAACUUAGUAAGCCUCCUCUGCUUACUUUGUGCGCCGUAAAGACACAUCAAGCCAUGGGUUGAAAGCGACGAUGAUAGACUGCGGGGAUACUCAACGUGGGAGGGAGCAGAAUUUUCUGAGUUAUGUAAUGAUUGACAGUGCCUGAUAAUUAGUGGUCGAUCAUAAAUAGCGUCACCCUCCCCCAUUACCCCUAUCCCCCCCCUUCCCCCUUGUAUGUCGAGGAGGCUAAAGAGCCGGUGUGUUUGAGAUGUUUUAUCCGAGCAGGAUGUGUCACAGGUCGGUGGAUAGAUUCAUAAUUCUUCUCGUUCCUCUGUGUGUUCGUUUGCCCAAAGAGCCAGCAAAGCAAGUACAAGUUCAUUACUGAGUUUUAAUCAGCCUCACCUUAGACAACACACAUCUCUGUCACACCCUCAUCCACACACACAGACACACAAAGCCAUUCUCAAUCUGUUUUUUUUUUCAAUAUUUGCUAAAUGAAUUAAUAUUCAUCAUGAUGCCCCAAAAUCUUGACCUGCUCCAUGCUGAUUUUGCGUGGUCUUUCAAAGCGACCGCGGUUUCGAGGGCACUCAACAGUGUGCUGAGCUUCUUUUUGAGCUUUGAACCCUUUUCUCGGCACUGCAACGUUUUUGACAGCUACUGAGAUGUUAUGAUGCUCAUUUUUGCUCUCAGAUUUGGGGAUAUGUAGUCAUUCUGAACUUUUCAACCUCUUAAUCUCUGUGACUUCCUGUUUCUGAAGAUCUGAAGACAUUAGUUAAUCCUCACUCAAGCCUUAGCUGGUCCCUCCCUCCCCCCCACUCAUCAGGGCUGGUGGGGGGGGUGGAUCUCGGCCCCACGGGGGUCGAAAGUGUGGUGGUGGCUGGUGGUGGUCAUACCCCUAGAGGCCCACCAUGGAGACCAGCCCAGAGAGCCCCAACCGGGCAGUGGAGUACCUCCUGGAGCUCAACAACAUCAUUGAGAGCCAGGCCAAGCUCCUGGAGACCCAGCGCCGGCGCAUCGAGGAGCUGGAGGGCCAGCUGGACCGGGUCAGCCAAGAGAACCAGGACCUGAAGCAGGAGCGAGGCCCAAGGACGGGUGGCUCGGACACCCCCGAGCAGAACCACAACCACAGCCAGCCUCUGUCCCUUCCCAUCCAUCAUGCCAGUGGUGGAGGUGGCAGCGGCGGUGGCGGCGGCAGCGGGAACGGUAGCACCUCGACAGCUCAGGUGACAGCUGGAUCAGCCACAACACCAGGGCCCAGCAGGGAGAGGAGAACCCACACCAGGCUGACCCGAGGUCUCUCCUGUGGCUCCUCCACCACCGAGCGAGACCGUCUCGAACGCACCGACAGCACCGACACCAACGCCAGUUCCACCAUUCGUAGAAAUGUGGAGGGGGAGUCACAGUGUCCAGAGACGGGCACCCGCAAAGACAGCUCAUUCGGCCAGACGCCGUACCUGCGUGGCUCAGAACGCUAUACUGAGAGCAGCAGCAGCAGCGUACCCUCCGGAUCCAGGGACCCUUCAUGCGUGGCUGCCUCCAGUUCAGCCAGUUUGGCCUGGGCACUGCGAACACGCCACCAACCUGCAAGUCUCGCCCUCCGCAAGCAAGAGGAAGAGGAGAACAAAAGAUGCAAAGCUCUUUCAGAUAGUUAUGAACUCUCAACAGAUCUGCAGGAUAAGAAGGUGGAGAUGCUGGAAAGAAAGUAUGGUGGCUCCUUUGUAAGUCGCAGAGCAGCUAGGACCAUUCAGACAGCCUUCAGACAGUAUCGCAUGAACAAGAACUUCGAGCGCCUCAGAAGCUCAGCUUCAGAGAGUCGCAUGACACGUCGCAUCAUCCUGUCCAACAUGAGACUGCAGUAUUCCUUUGAUGAGCGACAGCCUCAGCAGCAGGCCCAGACACAAACAAACUUCACCCACAGUGUGGCCAUAGGUCCUCCUCAUUCCCCCGACACAGAUCGCCCAGGAGACUACACGCACUUAGAGGACUCCUUCUCCAAACAGGUCAAAUCCUUAGCUGACUCCAUAGACGAUGCCCUUACCUGCCGCGCGGGUCGCGAGGACUCCCAGGAGGGCAGCAGGGAAGGUGGAGGGAUUAGUGAAGACUUUGGGGAGUGUGUGUGGAGCAGCAGCAGCAACCCCUCCUCCCAAAGAGGUUUGGGAGAACGAGCCAGGGGUGCCGGAGGAGGACUCAGUAUGCAUGGUGACAGCACCGCCACCUCGUACAGUGACGUCACCCUUUACAUGGACGAUGGCAUGCCCUCAUCCCCCCUGUCUCUGGAUCGGGCGCCCAGUAGCACAGAUACAGAGUACUGGGGCCCCGGUGGUGGUGUCGGAGGACGUGAGGACAGCAGGGACACAGAGGGAGGGGGCAGCAGUAACAGUCGGCGCAGCACCCCAUGUACAGAGUGCAGGGACUAUCGUUUACGGGGCGCACAUCUGCCCCUCCUCACUAUUGAGCCGCCCAGUGACAGCUCAGUGGACAUGAGUGACCGCUCAGAUCGUGGCUCUCUCAGCAGACAGCUGGUCUAUGAGCAGGAGCCUGGGGUAGGGGCUGGCUCCCCUCAGGGAACCCUCAAACACUCUCCCAACACAGGCACUCGCCCUUCCUCCACAGCAGCAGCCCAGGGUCAGACCCGGGCCCCUGGCAGACCUAUUCCGACACACAUCCCUCACCAGGUGGCAGCACACCACCACCAUCACCACCACCCUAUCCACCAUCAUCAGUACCCUGACACACCCUCUUCGUCGUCCUCCCCGCAGCAACCCCCCACCACACCUCUGUCCUCCUCCUCCUCUACAGCUCUGCCCCCUGGUGGUCUUGAGCAGCCGUGCUGCUCGGAUGGAGACAAUGACUCACUCAACUCCACCACCAACUCCAAUGAAACAGUCAACUGCAGCUCUGGCUCCUCAUCGCAGGACAGCCUGCGGGAGCCUCUUCCACCUCUGGGAAAACAGACGUACCAGAGAGAAAGCCGCCAUAGCUGGGACUCCCCGCCCUUCAACAGCGAUGUGGUACAGAGACGCCAGUACCGCAUAGGUCUCAACCUCUUCAACAAGAAGCCAGAGAAAGGGAUCCAGUACCUGAUAGAGAGAGGUUUUGUAUCAGACACUCCGGUUGGGAUUGCUCGCUUCAUCCUGGAGAGGAAGGGCCUCAGCAGGCAAAUGAUUGGAGAGUUCCUGGGAAACCGACAGAAACAAUUCAACAAAGAUGUUUUAGACUGUGUGGUCGAUGAGAUGGACUUCUCAGGUAUGGACCUGGAUGAUGCUCUCAGGAAGUUCCAGGCACAGAUCAAAGUGCAAGGAGAAGCCCAAAAAGUGGAGAGGCUAAUCGAGGCUUUUAGUCAGAGAUACUGCGUGUGCAAUCCGACCCUGGUUCGACAGUUCCAGAACCCGGACACCAUCUUCAUCUUGGCCUUUGCCAUAAUCCUCCUGAACACAGAUAUGUACAGUCCCAACGUCAAAGCUGAGAGGAAGAUGAAACUGGAGGAUUUCAUCAAGAAUUUAAGAGGCGUGGACAAUGGUCAGGAUAUUCCCAGGGACCUGCUGGUUGGGAUUUACCAGCGGAUACAGAAAUGGGAGCUACGGACCAAUGAUGACCAUGUGUCCCAAGUGCAGGCGGUGGAGAGAGUCAUUGUGGGCAAGAAGCCUGUGCUGUCCCUUCCCCAUCGUAGGCUGGUGUGUUGCUGCCAGCUGUAUGAGGUUCCUGACCCCAACAGACCUCAGAGGACAGGAGUCCACCAACGAGAGGUCUUCCUCUUUAAUGACCUUUUGGUGGUGACCAAAAUCUUCCAGAAGAAGAAAACUUCAGUCACUUAUAGCUUCAGACAAUCUUUCCCUUUGGUUGAGAUGCAAGUGCACAUGUUCCAGAACUCAUACUAUCCUCAUGGUAUCCGUUUGACCUCAGCAGUCCUGGGUGGGGAGAGGAAGGUUCUAAUUGUCUUUAUGGCUCCCAGCCAGCAAGAUCGCACCCGCUUUGUUAGCGACCUCAGGGAGAGCAUCGCUGAAGUGCAAGAGAUGGAGAAAUAUAGAGUUGAAUCGGAGUUGGAGAAACAGAAAGGUGUGAUGAGGCCCAGCUUGCUCAGUGGAGGUGUGGUAGGAGGAGGCGUAGGUGUGAAAAGCGAUGUUGUGAACGGUACCCUGGGAAGGACAAGUUUUGAUGACAACUGCUCUGUGGGUGAGGGUCUCAAACGCACAGCGCUCAGCUCAUCUCUCAGGGACCUAUCGGAGACAGGGAAACGUGGUCGCAGGAACAGUGUUGGUUCUCUGGACAGUACCAUGGAAGGCUCCAUCAUUAGCAGCCCUCAGCCUCACCAACGCUAUCCAGUGCCAGGUGUGAUGCCUGGCUGCUAUGGAACAGAAGACUUCCGGCCUCACCGCCCCAUCCUGAGCCCCGGAACGGGGGUGGGGGGUGGGCCGGGGCAGCAACAUACCACUGCUGGGACAGGAGUUGGGGGAGUCUCCAGCAGUGUAGAGAGAGCAGGAGCGGGGAGCGGCCCUGGGGGGAGCACCAGCAGCAACAACAACAGCAGCGGCUCCUUCCUGGGAUCCCUAUUCGGCAGCAAACGCGCCAAACCACCAGGGCCCCUUAUUCCACCGGGGCCACCCUUCCCCGCACCUGUCCCCCCACCGACUACGGGAGGGCCCCCUCCUCACUCCCCUUCAUCUCUGUGCCAGAUGGACGGUGGGCCUUCCAAGAUCCAGGCACUGCACGCACAGUACUGUCACGCGGGCACCGUGCAGCCUCCACCACCUUACUACCAUCACCAUCGCUACCACGUCCAAACUGUCCCUCCUCCUUUGCAAGGCAUAUCCCCUCAUACUAUACAGAGAGGCCCGCUACCCUGUCGUCCACCGCUUGGCCCCCCACACGCCCAGCACCCGCAGCUGGCCCAUCUCUCCCAGCUAUCCCAGCAUGGGCUUCCGGGUCGUUACGGCAACAUGGUGGUGGGAUGUCCCCCCCCCCUUUCUCCUCUCUCCCAACACUCCCAGAACCCACAGUUCGCCCUCUACCACGUGCAGCCCACACACUCCAUCAGAGGGGGCGGCGGCCCUGGUACCAAACUUCCACUAACCUUGUCUCACUCCCACCCGCACCCCCACGCACACUCCCAAACCCACCCCGGACACGUGCACACACCACACCCAGCCAGCCAUUCUACCCACCAAACACACUUCAUAUUCGGCACUCUGCCCCACAAUCUACCAUCCGCAUCCGUGAAUGCGCAUCACGCAGCCUCCGCCGCCCCGUAUCUGCCCCAGUACCCUCCUCUCUCUUCCAUCCCGCCUCCCCCACCACACUCCCCUUUACCCCCCCCUUCGUCCCCCCUUACCCCUCUUACACCUCUCUCCCCUCCCCCCCCAGCACCCAGGGCAGCCUCAGCAGGGGCCGCAGGUGACGGGGGCUGGAGCGACAGGUACAGGGGGCAGCUCCAAAUCCAAGCCUAUCAACCGGAUAAGUACCGUGGUGUGAGCAGGAUGUGGGGCCCCAGGGGCCAGAAGUCAGAUUAUAGAAUAGAGGAGUUUGGCAGAACUAGGGCUAGGACCAAGUCUGCCAGGACAGAAGGUAACAGCAGCAGCAGUAGUGACAAGAGGAAACGCAGCUUGCUUCGUCUCUGUUACUUUCACCUCCGUUUUCCACAUAUGUAGGUGGAAAUAAAAAGCACAGCUAGAGUCAAAUAGCAUAUAGACACAUCUCUGAAACCUGCACACAGAUACAGAAACAUACGCACAUCCACAAAUUUCCACACACGCUAUCAGAAAAUUCUAUAGCCAUAUAAUUUAAGAUGAGAUUAAAUCUUUAUCUAGGUAUAUUGCCUCAGUUUUAAUUGUUUGAAGUCUAGUUGAGUCUGUAUGAGACUAUUUACAUGUACAGCACCAAGAUAAUGUGACAAUGGAAAACAGAAGACCAUAUAUAUAUCCAGCUGCUUAUGUGGGGAUGUAAAUAAAGACUAAGCUACCAAAUACAUUCAAGCGGAGUUUGGCAUAAAAAAAAAAACAUGCCCCUUGACUUUGCAAUAAUUUACUUGGCUUCAUGAUGUCCCCGUCCAUUCUUGCAGGAACUGCUUUGCUGACAAGAUUUUUUUUUCUUUCCUAAAGAAGACCUCAGAUGUGUUGCUUUGUCUUAAACUUGUAAAACCAGUGCAGUUUCCUGACAGUCUUUUGCUUAAUGGUCUUUUACAUGUCAAAGGGAGCCACCUGGCUUUAUAAUGCAUUCCUCGUGGGGUACGGGAAUUAAAGAUACAAUCAAUAAUAUAUUUUGAAUGUUUCUGAAGCUUCUCGCUGUUUUAUUGAUAUUAUAAUAUACCUGCUAUGAGUAUGAUGAAUAUUGUCCAACAAUUGUUUUGAUCAGUGAUUAAUUAUAUCAGCAGAUGUUUGUACAUGGUUAUAGAGAGUAUAUGCACAUAUAAAUUCCCUCAGUUUGCCAUAGCCACUAGAAGGUGUUCUAAUAUGUGAAGUGUGAUUUAUUUCCAUUGUACCAUGAUUUCCAUUGAGUUUUUAAUGAUUAGUAUUAUUGAUUGUUGAAAAUAAUGAAUGAGGUUUAGUUUUGUUCAAAUUGUUUUGAACACCAACAAUAUUCUUCUUUUACUGUUUUGUUUUGAUGUGAGCAAACAAGUGCACAGUUUCUCUAAUGGGAUGACAAGCAAAACUUGAACUUCCUGAAUAGAAUAGAGUUCAUGUUUCAGUUUUUAUAUUUAUUAGACUCCCCAUACUGGAAAAAAAACAUGGUUGUGGAAAUUGGGAAAAUACCUGGAUUUUGGAAGAUUCCUUCCCUUCAUCGUGUUACAGGGCACCUAUGCUCACUUCCUCAUAGUCAUCAGAUUUAGUCAUUGUGUGUGGCUGUUUUUUUGUUUUUUCUUUUUGUUGAUUUUUUUAAGAAGCACGCUUUUACAUGAGGUUUUGUGGUUUUGCACACGUGAUGUCUUAAGUCAGAAAUGGCCUUCUACUAAUCCUCCCUCUUCUGCCACUUUUAGAAAUCUUUUAUUACCUUUUCUGAUGCCAUGGCAUCUUGCUGAGGGCUCCUUGCUCAAAAUCCUAACAAGAGUCAAGAAUGUAAAAUAGCCUACAGGUAAAUACUGUAUUUCCCCCUGUUUUACUAUGGGCUUUGUGUAAGUGUUGCCCCUUUUGCUACUGCAUUUUUUGAGGUUGUAAUUGAGCACUGAUGUGAAUUACUUUCAGUGCCAUUGAUUACCAAGGGAAAACUACAUAUAUCUGAUUUAGGAGAGAAUGAAUAGAUGAGGACAAAGUUAAAAAAAAAAAAAAUUAAAACUUUAUGGAACAAGCUACUGAAAGAGUUUAUGAAAUUGAAGAAGAUAUGAUCCUCGAGUAAAGGAUUUUAAGGAGGUUUGGAGAGAGUCAAGAAUGUCAGCUGAAGAUUUUAUAAGUAUGUGUUGGCUAGCCUUUUCUUUUUAUGGUGUCCUUUUUGACUCUUCUUGCAUGAAUAUAUCUGCACUUACUGAAUAGAUUGUACUGUAUAAAUCUGAAUGUACAUAUUACACUAUACAUAGGCUUCUUAUCAUAAUUAUGGGAUGAACUACUCCCAUCUGUAUUCAGGUGCGUGCAUGUGAGUGCCACUAAGUAUGUACAUAUAAAAGAAGGACAGGGAUAGGAGAUGUGGGCCAAAAGGAAUGUUGACUUCUUUUUCUUUUCUUAUUAUUUCAGACUGAAGGUGAGAGAAUGAGUUAAUGUGAUAAAUUAAAGCCUAAAAAAAAGUUUAUGUCAGUGCACUAUUGAUAUCAUUUUAGACAAAUGAUUUCAAUUUUUUUUCUUUGUGUAUGUAAUAUGUGUACUGAAAGAAUAGAGAACUGAGAUGUGAAUAUUUAUUGCUUCUGAUAAAUUAAAGUGUCCUUGCAGUGAA